UGAUUGUUUGAGACGCCAGUCAGCAGCCGUCAUUGGCAUCAUACGUAUCCAGCCAUGGAGUUCAUGUUUAAUAUGUCUGCGUUCGGAGUGUUAGUGGUUACUCUCCUCGUAAUUUGUUUGACGAAGUUCCUUGUUUCGCAGCACCGGUCUCACAAGUAUUGGAAAGAGCGCGGAGUUCCUCAGGUGCCAGCGUUAACAUUGCUUGGUAUCACAUGGCGGAUGUUCCGGAAACGUAUCACGAUGUUGGACUACGUAAAGAUGCUUUACAACAGUCACGCCGAUGCAAGAUACGUCGGAUUUAUGGAUUCGUUUACCCCGACGCUUCUAAUACGUGAUCCGGAGUUGAUUAGGGAGGUCGGUAUCAAACAGUUCGACCAUUUCACGGACCACCGAGUCUUCAUCAGCGAAAUAGUGGAGCCAUUAUUUGGGAGGACCGUUUUCUCCCUGAAAGGCGAAAGCUGGAAAAAAAUGAGAAACACUCUCAGCCCAUUCUUCACGUCCAGCAAAAUGAAAUUCAUGUUCGGCGUGGUCUCCGAAUCGUCCCACGAUUUCUUCGACUAUCUGUACAACCAUCCGGAUAUCUGCGACAUGGUGGACGCGAAACAAACUUUCACAAUACUGACGAACGACGUGAUCGCUUCCUCGGCUUUCGGCAUCAGCGUGAACACAUUGAAGGAUCGGAAUAAUGAAUUCUACAGAGUCGGAACCGAUUUGUCCAACUCCUUCAACAAUAUGAGCAUUCUCAGGUUCAUGUUGACGAACGCGUAUCCCCGUUUAUGCAAAAUGGCCGGGAUAACGAUGUUUUCGAGAGCAUCGACGAACUUCAUUCAGAAAAGCAUCGCCGACACUGUGAGAAUUCGGGAGAAAGAAGGCAUCGUUAGGCCAGACAUGAUCCACCUUUUGCUGCAGGCUAAGAACGAACAAGACUCGAGCAAUAUCACUAUCGAUGAUAUCGUGGCUCAAGCGUUCGGCUUUUUCAUAGCUGGUUUCGACACGGUGUCCACGCUGAUGUCUUUCCUGACUCUCGAGAUGGCACUUAAUCAAGACGUUCAGGAGAGGCUGCGCGAGGAGACGGAUCGCUAUCUUGCCGAAGACAACGGGAAGAUCUCGUACGAGGCUCUGUCGAAAAUGGAGUACAUGGACAUGGUGAUUUCAGAGACGCAGAGGAAGAAUACUGUGGUUCCGAUUCUCGACAGAUUGUGCGUGGAGGAGUUCGAACUACCUGCUGCCGGGCCCGGUUACAAAAGCGUUACCUUAAAGCCUGGCGAUACUGUUUGGUUUCCUGUUUCCGCGUUGCAUUACAAUCCAGAUUAUUUCCCUGACCCAGAGAAGUUCGAUCCGGAACGGUUCAGCGAAGAAAACAAGGCAGCCAUCGUACCCUACACGUAUUUGCCAUUCGGAAUUGGCCCCCGUAUGUGCAUCGGCAAUCGAUUCGCUUUAAUGGAAGUCAAAAUUAUGAUGGUCUAUCUGCUGGAGAGAUUUGUGAUAGAACCGAACGAGAAGACGAAACCGUUGUCACUCGAUAGAAUGACCUUCCAGAUGUUCCCAAAAGAUGGGUUCUGGUUUACUUUGAAAAAACGGAAUGCUUAGAUGGUCUUUGUACCACUGGAAUCACUGUCGCCUUCCGUGACUACAGUAAAUUUUCCCUAAUUUUGCUUCAGCUUGUAAACAAAAAUGAACAAUUUGGGAAGAUGAGAUACGAU